AUGCAACAGCACACCAUGCUAAGGAUAGCAAUAUUUUGCUACAUUUUUUUCAUCUCAUACUGUGAGCCGGGCAACGCACCGGAUGCCUUCCCCGAACCGGUCUGCGGACAGAUUGCUCAGAUGCUCGACGAAUGCUUUCACAACUCAACACCCAACAUUGCCGUGGAGCUGCUGUACAGUGUGCAGAUUCCAGAAACCAUCGAGCAGAUCAACAGCCGCUGUCUUUUGUUCAAUCGGGGCAUGGAAUGCGUCCAGCGGUACCUAGACGUGUGCGUAGACGCCAAGGAGCGGUUCAUCAUUGACAAUGAGGUGUACGGUGCGAAGCGUUUGUACGAGUUCCUAUGCCGUGAUGCGGCCUUCCAGCAAGAAUUCCUCUGGCACAAAGGAUGCUUCCAGUUGGUGCAUCGAGAUAUAGACUCCUGUUCGAAAAGGUUCGUCUCCAUCCUGAAGGAGGAAAUUACCAAAACCACCAAGCAGUCCUUCAACCAGCAGUACAUGCACUUUUGCUGUGCUCGGUAUGCGUACGAGAACUGCGUGUACAACAGUGCCCGUUACAAGUGCAAACCGAGCUCGGCCAUAUUUCUACGCCGCAUCGCCAAGCUUAUGUCCACCGAGAAGCAUUUCCUCAACUGUGAUAAGAUCGAAAAUGAAGUUUGCUCUUCCGGCCGGACGGUUUCUGUUGUCGAAUGGUGGUCCGUAGCCAUCUUGAUGCUUUCCCUACCGCUCGUAGGGACCGUCUAGGAAGUGAUGCGAAAUGUUGAUCCAAUUCGGUCGGUGGUACGUGAAGCUGAACAGCCUAAUCCGAUUGCCGGCCCCUCCCCCAACAACACGGUGAUCAAUCGUCCAUUCAGUGUCGCUUCCGUUUCCGGGACGUUAGUUUACUUUGACGCCCAGUGAGGAUUUGCUAGUUGUUAAAUA